UCCUCACUAAAAAAGUCCAGCCCACCUCACGCUGUCUCGUCACUUUAUUAUUCUGGCCUCCCGCCUCGCGCUUCCUUUCCCCUUUACUCUCUGGUCGGCUCUUCAUCUGUCUCUCCCUCACGUCACGGUACGCCCACGUUGCAUCUAGUCAAGCUUCUCAAUUCCAAGUCAAAGCCCAAGCCCGGCACGGCACGAACACCCCCAGACCUGAGCAAUUCGCAACGCCCUCGUGUGGCACUCGUACCUAACCAUACAAAAACCCUGUUUGCGCUCUCUCAGCCAUCUUCGUCACUUCCGAAUUCACCCCCUCUCUUCCCGCUUGCUCGGCAUCCCCCCCUCCCCCUCUCGGCUUCAACUUCACCCAACCCAGACAGGCACCUUCGCCUUCUCCACCGCCGUACAUACCUCCUUCAAUUGGAAGCCUCGCCGUAG